CGCAGAAAACGGGAAGAGCUAACGGGUUGCUCGCGAUCCUGUUUUUUUCAAUUUUUAUACUAAGAGCUUGUUAAAGUGACUUAUUUCUGUAACAAAUACGUAGGUGAAUAGUGUUAAGUGUUGUGCGACUUGGUUUUAACAAGAUCAUUCUGUUGUGAGCUGUGAAAUUGUGUAUUGAGUGGGAUAAAGUGAAUACAAUGGCGGUGAUCGGGGAAUAUCUCUGGAUGUUUGCGUGAAAACCUCAGUGAAAACUAUAGGAAGUUGACGGAGGAGUCUGCUGUGAUGUCAUUAGUUGCUGAGCGGCCCUCGGGGCGACGGCGGUGAUGGCGCGCGCCCCAUGAGCGGGCUGCUGUGCUGUCUGUGCGCGCGCGCUGCCGACAUGGGCGCCGCGCUCUCGCACGCGGGCACGCAGGACGUGGAGGCGUGCGACGGCGUGGUCCAGCCGGUCGCGCCGCCCACCAUGGCGGACGUCAUACGCGAGAGGAAGAAGAAGGCGGGCGGCGCCGGGCUGGGCACGCUGCGCCGGCGCAUCGCCGCCGCCACGCGCCGCACGCGCGACUCGCGUCCUGACAGAGGCUGCGAGCACGCCCGCUUCAUCCGCUCCGUGGUGUCGUCGUGGCGGCUGGCGGAGGUGUUCCUGCUGUGCGAGGAGCUGGAGGCGGGCGCGGCGCUGCGCGACCUGGGCACGCAGGCCGAGCUGGCGCGCCGCCCCGCCGCCCAUCUGGCGCGUGACCUGCACCGCGCGCUGCGCAGGAGAUGGUGGUGCGAUGUGGAGCUGGUGGGCGCCGGCUACUCGCUGCCGGCGCACAGAGCAGUGCUGUGCGCGCGCUGCUCCUACUUCAGAGAGCUGCUGCAGCAUUAUCCCAGAACGAUGUACCGCGUGCCGCUAGAGGGCGCCGCUUCGAAUCUCAACCGCCACGAGAUGGAGGCGGUCAUAGCGGCCAUCUACUGCGGGGAGGCCGCGCAGAGUUGCUGCGAACACGAGCGAGUGGAUGAUGACUUGGACAUCAUCAAUGUGGAAGGGAACAAUUGUCGCCGCAACAACACGUGCGCAUGCGCCGCCUCCCGGGUGGACGCGGCCGCCCUCAGGCGGCUGGGCUCUCAGCUCGGCUUCACGCCGGACACGCUGCACAGAGACAUGAGAUACUUGCUGGAUAGCGGUUCAAUGUCGGACGCGAGGCUGGUGUUCAGCGUGGAGGGCGGCAGCGGGCCGCAGUACGGCUUCCGGGCUGCGCACGAGCAGCCCUGCCACCGGCUCGUGCUCGCCGCCCGCUCGCGGUUCUUCAGGAGCGUGAUGUCGCGGCGGGGCGGCGCGGCGGGCGGGGCGGCGAGCGGGGCGGCGAGCGGCGCGUGCGGCGUGCGCGUGGACGAGGCCGUGCUGCCGCGCCGGUUCGCGCGCGCGCUGCUGCACGCCGCCUACACCGACCAGGUGGAUCUCAGUUUAGUUGGUAGGAACUCCUCGUCUCCAUCUUCUACCACCAGCUCGGGGAGCGGCACAACGCCAUGGUCGUCGGUAACCCGGGGUCGGGCGACGGGCAGCGCCAUGUUGGAAGACGCGUUCCAGCUUUACGAGAUUGCUAGGUUCGUGGAGAUGCCGAUAGUGGUCCAAGGUUGCGAGGACGCCAUCGUCGAAGCCCUGUGCCCAGAGACCCUGCCCUCCAUUCUGCGGUGGUCGUCUCAGGGCCACGCCAGCCAGUGGGUGCACCGACAAGCGAUGCGCUACCUCCGCGAUGAGUUCGUGACCAUAAUGUCGCACUCGGCGUCGUCCCGGCUGCCGGUGGCGGCGGUGAGCGAGGCGCUGUCCUCCCCGUUCCUGCAGGCGGCCGAGCCGCAGGCUGCGCGUGCGCUGCUGCGCUGGGCAGAGAGGGCGGCGCAGCCCAACAGAGAACCGAACGUGGUAUGGCACACUGGACACCGCGGACGCCGUCGGGAAGUGAGCUCGGCGGCGCUCAGGGACGCCCUGGCGCCGCUCAUACCGCUGCUGAGGAUGGAGCACAUACCGGCGCAGCACGAGAUCAGGACUCAGCUCGCCCGGCGCGGCGUGGCCCCGCCGCCGGCGGAGCCCUGCGGCGCGGCGUGGGCGUGGCGCGCCCGGGGCUCCCUGCGCCCGCCGCGCUGUUUCAUGCCUUACCUGGACGAGUUAAGGGCGUUGCUUGAAGAGCAAGCGGUACCGGAAGCGGAACUUGCGCGUGCGCGGCGCGCGAAAAACAUGCACCGCAUACCCGACACCCUGUAUAUGGUGUCGUCGCGUCCCGCGCGGCCGCCGUCGCCCGCGGCGCGCAGCCCGGGCGCGGGCGCGUGCGUGCCGGCGCGGGCCCGCGCCGCACUGCGGGCCCGCGCGGCGGAGCUCCGCGGGACGCCCGCCGCGCAGCGCGCGCUGCGGCUGCACAGCCACGACACCGCGCCCGUCAGGACGCAGAUCGCCCUGAGGGCGGUCCGCGAGAUGGGCUUGCCCGACUCCUGCGCAGAAUUGUUGAUGAACGAGGCGGAGUUCGACGACGGCGCGCCGGAGAGGGACGGCUCGGCAAGUCACGAGUCCCGAAGCAGCGGCGAUUGGCAGUACGACAGAGACGGGAGAGAGAGGGAGAGAGACAGGCGGUGGGGCUCGCACGACUGCUGCAGCAUGGCCGGCGGCGCUGCGCACGCGCACAGCACGGGCUCGCUGCGCGGCGACGCGGCCGGGCGAAGGCGGGAUUUACUGAUACACGCGGACACCUCCCGGCCCGGCACGUGUCGGAGGGAGACGCAAAGAGGCACUGUCGAGCCGCCAAGCCCGUGCGCCGGCGCCGCGCGGCUGUCGGCCGCCGUCCCGGACGUGGCCAUGGCGCCCAACGCCAACACGCACCUGCUGACUGCGCCCGCGCACUUCUCCCGCACAGAAUACAGUGGUGUGUUGCAGUUAGAUUUGGGCGACGGCGCGACGCACACGCCCAGACCCGGAUCGCGGGCGGCGCGCGCGCUGGCGGCGCUCCGCCCGCUGCCGGCCGAGCACGCCGACCUCGCCGCCGUACAAGCGUACUCCUCGCUCAGAACGCCGCAGUUGCUGUCCAUCCCGCCGGGGCGGGUGCCAUCAUUGAGGAGGACGCAUGACUCCCUGCCGCCCGCUUACAGAGAUAUCUCGCAUUCAGCUGCGCUGAGCCGCGCGGCGAGCCCGGCGGCGCUGGGCGCGCGCGCGGCGCACACUUUCUCGUUGAGCCGCGUCGGCAACAACCCGCGCCCCGGGUCCCGGAGCCCGAGUCCCGCUCACAACAACAGCAGGGCGCUCCCACAACGCAGGCAUGAUUACAGACCAGAGACCGGAUACGGAAGUCCGGCUGGAGGAAGCAGGUCUCACUCGCCGCGCGACUGAUUAAAGCAAUACACCUACUGAAUGAUAAAUAUAAUGACUGGUAAAAAUAAUUCGGCAAAGAAAAAAAACAACAAAUAUAUUUAGCAAAAUUUUACGCGGGAAUUCUAAAGAAAAUGAUCUCAGUGUGUUUUUGUAUGAUAGAAUCGUAUGUAUGUAUAUUGUAUGAAUACGUGUCACCAUACAAAUGUAUGUUUGUAAAUAGCAUAUAUAUAUAUAUAUGUAUGGGAGGCGGUGUGCGUUAUAUAUUUAAUGGAAAUAUAUUAUUUAUAAACUAGCUGUGCCCGCGACUUCGUCCGCGUGGAAUGGUUACUUUGGGCAUCAUUGAAGCCCUCAAGGAUGAAUAAUUUUCGCAGUAUUUUUUUUUUACUUUUUCCAUUAUUUCUUCGCUACUCAUAGUUGCAGCGUGAUGUUAUACAGCCUAAAGCCUUUUCGAUAAAUGGUCUAUUCAACGCGAAAAUAAUUUUUCAAUUCGAACCAGUAGUUCCUGAGAUUAGCGCGUUCAAACAAACAUUAGGUUCCCCUGCAAAGGUCGCGGAGGUCAGACGGGAGUCGCUUCGCGUGAAACCCUGACUCACACAAUCCAGGGUCCAUGGUCAAAGGCGCACCCCGGGCUCCUCUCUAGAGCGGUGAGGAUGCGACCGGGACUAAAGCCGGGAGAUUAAAUACAUACAUACAUAAAUUACGCCUCUCUCCCGGAGGGAUAGGCGGAGACUACAUCUUUCCACUCGCCACGAUCUCUGCACACUUCCUUCGCUUCAUCCACAUUCAUAACUCUCUUCAUGUAAGCUCGGCGGUUUCGGGCACUCUCGACCUGACCCUUUACCAGGACGUCCUUAAUUUGAUCAAGAUACGUUCGUCUAGGUCUUCCCACUCCGACCUUUCCCUCCACACUCUCCUUGUAUAUCUGCUUAGUCAACCUACUUAAAUAUUUUUAAUUAAAUAUUAAUUUGGAUAAAUUAAAACGCACAUCGCCUUUCUAAAUAAAAAUUUAAAAAAAAUUGUAAUUAUUUUAUAAAUAACAAAAUAUUGUAAAUAAAUAAUAUUAUAGUUAAUAAUAAAUUAAUGUUUUCAUACUAUGGGGCGUCUGUAUUGAAAUAAAAAUUUGAAAAAAUAUUAUCCCCAUUACUCGAGGGGUAGGCAGAGACUAUGUACCUUUCCACUUGCCACGAUCCCCGCAUACUUCAUUAGUUACAUCAAAGUUCAAAAUUGAAAUUAUUAUUUUAAAAUUGUAUUUCUUAACUAAUUUUAAAAAUGUAUUUUGGAUUCAAUUUGGUCAAUACGCUUAACCUACGCAAAAACGACGAGGUGUUAUAAGUUUGAUCAGUCUGUCUGUCUGUGUGUCCAUAUGGUUCCUGGCCACCGAUAAAAAUAAGAAUAAGACCACUCCGUCUCAUUCCCAUGGAUGUCGUAAAAGGCGACUAUGGGAUAGGCUUACAAACUUGGAAUUCUUUUUUAGGCUAUCUCAAUUCUAUAAUUAAGCCAAAUAGCUGAACGUAGCCAUUCAGUCUUUUGAAGAUUGUUGGCUCUGUCUACCCCGCAAGGGAUGUAGACGUGACCAUAUGUAUGUUUGUAUGUAUUAAAUUUUAUAAAAAUAAUAAUGUUACUGAAACUGUGUUAUCUAUAUAAUUUAAACUGGCUAUAUGUAUUCCUACAUAGAAAAUGAAGCCAAAUUAACAUGAGUUUACUCAAUAUUGACUCAUUGACGUGAUAAAUUCAAAUUCAAAUUCAAAAUUUUUAUUCAUUACUAUAGGAUACUAAAUAUUGCUUAAUAAUUGUCAAAACGUAUGGUUUAACAACAUUGGUUGACGUCAAAUAAAUUACUUAAAAACUAAGUUUACUGCCGCUUCCAAGGCGUCAGUGCAGAAGAAGCGGUAACAAACUGCACUGCAGCAUUUUCUUCAACAACGUCAACUUCACAAUAUUAAUUAAACAUAGUAUAGAAUGUGGACGAGAGAAAACAUUGUUCAGAUUUAUAUAUUAAUGAGAUUUAAUAUUGAAAAAUAUACAAAAUAUAUAUAUAUAUAAAUAUAUAUAUAUUAUCAAAUGUAAUUUCUAGCAACGGACGCCCCCGCCUAUACGAGUGGAGACUCGACCGAAUUCAUGAGUUAUCGUAUGCAGGUUUGAUUCUCGGAUAUAAUGCAUUUGCAAAUUUUUUUUUACAUACAUACAUACAUAUGGUCACGUCUGUAUCCCUUGCGGGGUAGACAGAGCCAAUAGUUUUGAAAAGACUGAAUGGCCACGUUCAGCUGUUUGGCUUAAUGAUAGAAUUGAGAUUCAAAUAGUGACAGGUUGGUAGCACAUCGCCUACAAUAGGAAUCCCAAUUUUAUAAGCCCAUCCCUUAGUCGCCUUUUACCACAACCAUGUGCAAGAUAUAUAGAGGUUCUAUUAUAAAAUAUAUAGCCUAUCAGUCUUUCAAGACUGUUGGCUCUGUCUACCCCGCAAGGGAUAAAGACGAUGAGUAUAUGUAUUAUUCUUCACAACCCGAGCAUCAAACCCGCACUAUAGGAACCCAACAGUAGGUUCUACAAUAAAAGAAAAAAUGUUAAAUCUACUGCCAUCUGUGUGUGAGUCUGUGAGCGCGUGUCGACGGAACAGUCAUAUUGUUUAUUACAUACACUGGGUUUUUCACAGAGAUAUAUUAAUUUAAAACUCUGUCUAACCCGUUCGUGGCCGGCUACAAUUGAGUGUUUUUCAAAAAUAUCGACGACAAGAAUUCGAAAUAGACCAAUAGCGUAUUGGACCAAAUGCGUUCGGACAUUAUUUUAAACAUUUGACUUUUAUCAGAGGUACAAUUUAUACCCAAUAUUUUUAUUCAUACAUACAUAACGUCUAUAUCCCUUGCGGGGUAGACAGAGCCAACAGUCUUGAAAAGACUAAUAGGCCACGUUCAGCUAUAUGGCUUAAUGAUAGAAUUGAGAUUCGAAUAGUGACUUUUUUUAAAUUAUAUAUAUACUCGUGAUAUUUCAAUAAGACAAACAAGCUUACUUUCGCAUCUAUAAAUAUUAGUUGGUAUUUCAAAAAUGUCAUUUGCCGAUGUCCGUAUCAGGAGCUGCGAAGACUGACAGUUUUGUUUUAAUAUAAUUAUUAUAAAUAUAUAUAUAAAAUAAAUAAAUAUAAUUAUAAAGUAAAGCGUUUUUGUAAAUAUAAAUAGUUGCGGCCGCGUCGUGUGUAAAUACUAAGUAUAUUUUAUUGUAAUGUUAUUUUUAAUGUUUAUUUUUUUUUUUUAAUUUAUUAUUUGUUCAAAUUGCAACAUUUUUUUUUUGAUCAUAAUACGUUUUAUGAAAGGUAAAGAGUCGAUAUAACAAUUGUUUUCCCUGCUGUUAAAUUGAAUAAAAUUUUUCGACCAUCUUUCUAGUCUCGACAACUCUGAACUAUAUGGUAAAUGUUUGAAUCAUAAUUUUAUUAUAAAAUAUAAUUACUCAGUGACUCGUUAUGCGUACCGUCGCCGACGUACCUUGAGCCCCUGUGAAUUUAGUUUGUACGAUAAGGAAAUCAAGGUUUUCUGUAGGUGACUGUACCGAAAUAAUACCUGUGUGAAGGUAUACUUUGUUGGGCCCAAAAAAUCACGAAAAUUGUUUUAAUUUACCUCUAAAGGAAUAAAAUAUCUUGUAAUUCUAUGUCAUGUUUUUUUUUUAAUUAUUUUUUGCGUUUUAUAAAUGUUAAUUUAUCAAUAAAAGCCGACCGCCUAAAUUUCAUUUGCUUAAACUGUUAUUGUCUUUUAGAAUUUAUAUAAAAAUGAAUUUCAUUUUCCAAUUGAAAAAAAAAAGCGAGAAUAAUUAACAUUUGAGCAACUGUCUGUUUCAUAGUCUAUUUUUAUCGUUUUGUCAAAAAUACAAUUCACAAGAUGUUAUUUUAAAAAUACUUUUUUUUUUAAAUUUUUGAUUCAUAAUAUUUUAUCCGUAAACUGUCAAUAUCUUAUUUUUAUGCAAAUAUAAAUAACCUAUGUAAGUUACAGAGAGGAACAUAAAAUCCCGAUCAGUAAAUAUAUAUACAUAUAUAAACAAGUAGCAUUUAAACUUCCAGGGACAUUUCUUCAGGGUUCACAUCCGGUUUCAUAAAUUUUUUUAGCAUAAUAAAAUCGUUUCGCAUAACUUUACCUAUGCUAAUAUAGUAAGAUAUCAUUCUAUUUUCAUAUGUGAAACCUUAUGCGAAACGUUGUUCAUGCAAAAAGACACGUUAUGCUUACUUCAAAUUAUUCCAUUGAAAUUUAUGAGACCCAAUAUGGACCCAGUUUCUCGUGGCCCGAAAACCUUACACAACAAAUGUUAAAGGCGAUGUUUUCAAAAGGCGUUAUAAAAGUCAUCUGACAAGUGUAACAGAAAAUACAAUGUAUGUCACAAUUUUGACAUUGACACUUGUUUUUAGCGCAAUUGCAAUUGGAAUGCAUUUUAUCAGCCUUUUGAAAAACUAGCUGCAAUAUUGUAAUGUAUUUUAAUUAAGAAAAGACAAGUUGUGAUGUUCACGAGACAGCCGCAGCGCGCACGCGCCGUUGUUAACAAAUUAUUAUGUAUAAAUUAAAUAUUUAUUCACA